AUGGAUUGUUUGGAAAAAUUUGAUAGAAUCAAGGACGUUCUCUCAAUGUAUACGGUGAAUAUAGACAUCAUCGUGACUAGUGAAACAUGGCUUAAACAGGAUCGCACGAGUCUUUAUAAUAUUCGAGGAUUCCGUAGUUUCUUUUCUUGUCGUUCUGAUUCGUCUGGCGGUGGAUUAGCUGUCUAUGUAAGUGAAGCUAUUAAAUCCAAUCUGGGAAAAGUUGAACAUGACGAUGGUUUGUGUUGGAAGCAACUGGAGCAGAACUGGGAACACCGUCACCGUUUCCUGUUUGCCGCUGGGCUCUCCCAUGACAGCAAGACUGUCACUGACGCAGCCAAAGUGAGGUUAUUAGUCCGGAAGUUGGGAGUAGCUGAACACGAACGCUUCCUGAGUUUCAUCAUGCCUGAGACUCUUAAGGAUUUUAACUUCCAGCAGGUCGUGAAUAAGCUCAAGACUUUGUUUGGAGCAGCGGAAUCAGUGAUUAGUAAGCGCUACCGUUGCUUACAGACAAUAAAGUCUCCAACAGAGGACUAUUUAUCUUAUGCUUGUCGCGUCAAUAAGAACUGCGUAGAGUUUAAACUGUCAAAGCUCUCAGAGGACGAAUUUAAGUCACUGGUAUUCGUCUGCGGAUUAAGAGGUGAAUCCGAUACUGAUAUCCGCACUCGUCUCCUUACUAAGAUCGAGGAUAGCAUAGCCGUCACUCUCGAACAGUUGUCGACCGAAUGUCAACGGCUGAUGAACCUUCGACAUGAUCGAGAGUGUAAUUCGGUCAACGUUAUCAGCGGAAAACAUCAGAAAUUUCGGAAGCAGACGAAACAGGAGAGUUUCCCGAAACGGUCACCACCGGCAAAUGAGAAGAAAAGGCCGUCUGGGCCGUGUUGGAAAUGUGGGUUGAUGCAUUUCAGCCGUGAUUGCACUUUCAAAAACCAUCAGUGUGCCGAAUGCAAGCGUUACGGCCACAAAGCAGGUUAUUGUGGAAGUGCCAAGAAAACGUCCCGUCUGAAUUUCAAGCGGAUGUCUCAGCGUGUACCUGUAGAUACUAAAACCGUCGAAGUAUCAGUGGGUGCAGUUCAAGAUAGACGAAAGUGCGUUUCUGUCAUGUUAAAUGGAGUGUCCGUUCGAAUGCAAUUUGAUACCGCUUCGGACAUAAGUGUCGUGUCUGUCCGUACAUGGAAGCAGCUAGGAAGUCCGGAAGGGAAAUCACCGUCGGUGAAUGCUAAAGCAGCCUCCGGAGACCCACUCGAACUAGUUUCACAGUUCGACUGUCCAGUGAGUGUCAAGGGUGUAACGCAUGUAGGUAAGAUUUUCGUCAAGGAGAGGGACUUGCACAUCCUAGGUCUGGAUCUAAUCGAAGCAUUCCAGCUUGAUUCGGUUCCAAAGAGUGCAUUCUGUAACGAAGUCUCUGUAUCAUCGCCGUUAUCGGAGCGUCUCAAAGCGCAGUAUCCGAAAGUUUUCAGCAGCGAGCUGGGUAAGUGUACUAAAACGGCAGUAAAGUUCGAAUUCAAGCCAAACCAGCAGCCGGUGUUUCGACCCAAACGUCCAGUGGCGUAUGCCAUGUAUAAUACGGUGGAUGAUGAGCUUGAUCGGUUGGAGCGUAUGAAUAUCAUCACGCCGGUAGACUAUUCGGAGUGGGCGGCUCUGAUAGUGGUAGUCCGAAAAGCGAACGGGAGCAUAAGAAUUUGUGAGGAUUACUCCACUGGUUUGAAUGACGCCAUUCAACCAAAUCAGUAUCCCUUGCCCCUUCCACAGGACAUCUUUGUAAAGCUCGGUAAUUGCAAGAUUUUCAGCAUAAUUCAUAUGUCCGAGUCCUAUUUUCAGCUGGAAGUCGACGAGCCCACCAGUAAACUCCUGGCAUUUAACACUCACCGGGGCAUUUACAAGGUCAACCGUUUAGCACCCGGAGUGAAAGCUGCGCCAGGAGCAUUCCAACAAGUUGUCGAUGCAAUGCUGGCAGGUCUGCAGCACACGAGUGGAUACAUCGACGACAUCGUCGUCAAUGGGCGUACCGAGAAAGAGCAUUGGGAGAACCUGAAGGCACUAUUUGAACGUCUACGAGAGUUUGGAUUUACCAUACGUCUGGAGAAGUGCUCCUUUGGGGCUAGCCAAAUUAAGUACCUGGGACACUUGCUGGAUCAACAUGGGGUUCGACCGGACCCAGGAAGGGUUGAAGCGAUCAGACAAAUGCCUGCACCUGUCGACGUGUCUGGUGUCCGCGCAUUUCUAGGAGCCGUCAACUAUUACGGCAAAUUCGUGCCAAAUAUGCGUGCCCUACGAUUUCCUUUGGACGAGUUGCUGAAGGCGGGCACGAAGUUCGAGUGGACGGCGGAAUGUCAGUCAGCUUUCGAUAAUUUUAAAGAUAUCCUGUCGUCGGAGCUGCUCCUAACGCACUACAACCCAGAGCUAGAAAUAAUUGUCGCUGCCGACGCAUCGUCCAUUGGUUUAGGAGCCACGAUUAGUCAUCGGUUUCCUGACGGUUCUGUGCGAGUUAUCCAGCAUGCAUCUAGAUCCCUAGCCCCAGCGGAACAAACUAUAGUCAACCUGAUUGAGAGGGCCUGGCGAUAA